AUGGCCAUUAAAUUAGAUUUCAACAAAGCUUACGAUCGAGUUGAAUGGGAUUUUUUAUUGGAGCUUAUGCGCCGAAUGGGUUUCGCUCCAAAAUGGAUCCAGUGGGUUUCUGAAUGUAUCACUACGGUCAUCUUUUCUGUCUUUGUCAAUCGUGAAAAGCAGGCUGCUUUUACUCUGUCUCAUGGGUUACGGCAAGGAGACCCUCUCUCUUUGUAUCUCUUUAUCCUAGUUGCGGAUGUCUUAUCCAAAUUGAUCACUCACAAUCUUCACAGGGGACAACUUUCGGGUUUCAAGAUCAAUAGACAUAGUCCCACUCUCUCUCACUUGCUCUUUGCGGAUGACGUUUUAUUGUUCCUUAAAGAAGAUCAGUCUGAAUGUUUGAAGAUCUUGGAUAUCUUGAGUUCCUAUUGUAUUGCAACCGGACAACUGGUCAACUUUGACAAGUCUAGUGUCCAAUUCUCACUCAAUGUCUCUUUUCCCCUUCGUGGUAGUAUUAGACAGCUCUCUGGGUUUCGGGAAACUCCAGUUAAUGCAAAGUAUCUAGGCCUUCCAACUUUUUGGAGGAGGUCAAAGGCGGAGGCUUAUGAUUUUAUUAUUGAGCGAGUUCAAGCUAAAUUGCAGGGCUGGAAACUUAAACUGCUAUCUCAUAUAGGGCAGGAAACUUUAAUUAAAGUUGUGGUGCAAGCUAUCCCAUCUUACGCCAUGGCAUGUUUUAUCUUCCCCAAGAAUUUUUGUGCCAAACUCAAUUCUCUCAUAAGCAAAUUCUGGUGGAAUGGUGACCCGGAGAGUAAGGGCAUUCAUUGGGUAAAUUGGGCACAGUUGGCUAUGCCAAAAUCUGAAGGGGGAUUGGGCUUUAGAGACUUUCAUGAUUUCAAUUUAGCCUUGGUAGCAAAGCAAGGAUGGCGCCUGGUAAAGUAUCCCAAUUCUUUUUGUGCUAAAAUGCUCAAGGGGAUCUAUUUUUCUCAUUCUAAUUUCAUGGAAGCUUCUCGAGGUCGGUGCGUCUCAUGGGCCUGGGCAAGUUUGAUCCAAAGUAGAAAAAUCCUGUGCAAUGGUGUCCGUUGGCAAGUGUAUAAUGGUGCAUCCAUCAAUUUUUGGGAUGAUAAAUGGAUCCCUUCUCUACCGGGUUUUAAAGUUUCCUCCCCAAAACCACCCAUCAGCCGGGUUAGCGCAGUGGUGGACAUAAUUGAUGCUACUCACGGCAUUUGGAAAGUCGAAGAUCUUUAG